AUGCAGAAGAAUAUGAAGAGUCUUCGAGAUCAGGUGAGUGGAAUUUUAAAGGAUCAUGCUGAUGCAGGUGACCUGGAGCUCAAGCAGCCGGUGACGUUCACUCCAGAGGAAGUGAAGGAGGCAAUGGACAAGAUCGACAGUCACUUGAAUAGCUGCCUUGACGUUACUUACAACUUUAAUAUCGAUAUGCAUAGCGCGAAAACCCGCAUUAAUGACGUAAAUCAUACGCUGCGUGUUAAUGUUAAUAAUGUUCGUAUGUUCGUACAACACGAAAAUGAUAGGCUUAAAGCCUCGACGAAAACGUCGCGUGAUGACAUGUAUGAGAUGCAACAAACGGUUGGCUACGUGCUACAUGAGUUAAGAAUGAAGGUGAAUGGCAGUAUUAAAUUCCAAGUGGAGAACCUUGUGAGCAUGUUGAAGAAUAAGGUUGCAGAUAUUCGAGCUCAACUUAAGGACGUUAAUAAAUUACAUAGGAAAUAUGUUGACGCUCUUACACAGUGGAUUAAGGAUGUCGACAUGUUCAUUGAGCAGCAGGGGGAAAAGAAUGUCCAAAAAAUCUUAGAUGAAGUUAAGUGGAGUAAUGAUGGUAACAAGCCACAAAACUGGAAUAACGUUGUAUGUGCUGCAGACGAAUUGAAAGCUAAAGCACAGUCUCUUUGCACGGCUGGUCAGGCGGCUAGGGUGGCUGCUGAGCAGUACGUUAGGGAGGCGCAGGAUGCAGUUUAUCACUUGGACUAUGGACUUAAACAAGAUUUGAAGAAGAUGAGAGAAGAUAUUAAAACAAAGAUUUGGCAAGAAAUUAAAACACUAAAAGUCAUGGAUUUAGGGGGCGAUGUGAAUGUGGAUUUGAGGAGGCUGGAAAGUGGGAUUAAAGAAUCGGUCACAACGUAUAUUAAGGGGUAUGUCAAUGCAGUUAAAACAAACGUUGGCAAAAUAAAGGGGAAUGGACAAGAUGACGGUCUAGCGGGGGUUAAUAAGCAUAUAGUGGAGAUAUAUGCGAAGGAGUUCAAGAAUGGAACUGAUGCGUUUGACAAAAUUGUGAAAACAUGGUUGGAGGAUAUAUUUAAGUAUAACGUCUCGGUUAAAGAUUCCAUUAAGGAGGCGCUUGACAAGAUCAUAAUCAAUCUAAAACACCUUACGCUAAGUUCCACCUAUGUAGAUAAGAUCAAAAGUAAAAUUGAGGAUGGGCAAAUCCAGCAUAUCGCGGGUGCAAUUAAGGACAGGAUUAAGACCGAAGGUAGCGUCACAUUUGAAACUUUCGAACAUCGAGGUGAUGCAUCCCCCAACGUUCAAAAAACUAUCGAUGCAGUCUACAAGUGUGUCAAUAAUUUUGCGACGACACUUGGCAAUAAACUUGGUAAGGACGAACAUGACUCUCCCACUAGAAAACAGUUUGUCAAAGACAUAGCGUCGGAGAUUGGGAAGAAGGUGGUGCAGGAUGGCAGCGACGAUUCCGGUUUGAUAAACUAUCUCAUAGAUGCUGCCACCGCCAUUCUAGCGGCGUUGUACUCCAAGGCUAGUGACAUUGCGAGUGAACUUAAAUCAUUAGCUGCUAUCAACGGAUACAGUAAAUCUCAGGUCGGUAAAAAGCUGGACGAUGCUUACAAUGACGCUAAUAAUCUGUCCACUCAGCUUAGCGCGGCGCUAAGAGGAUCCAACAGGCAUGCCUACGUCCCCGACCCCGGCUCCCUCUCGAAGCCUGACGAUAGCCUUGACACUAAGAUUGGGGCCGCCAUUGACGGUCAGUUUACAAGUGGUCCAACUGUUAUUGUUGAUGUUGCUGGAAGUCAAGCAGCAUAUGAACUUAGCAAAGUCAUGAAGUCGUUCCACACUAACUACAGUGAGAUAAGAAAGAGCCUCAGAAAGAACAUUGAAGGAAAAGUUGAUCAGGAGAUCGGUACGGAGAAGGAACAUGGCGGAACCUAUGAUUUCAGAAUGAAAUCGCUGUCGCUAGACAAACUUGAGAGUUACAUAAAGUGCAUCGGCCAAGACAACAUUAAGAAUGGUUCACUUCCCAAGGCUAUAGAAAAUAUUGAAAAUCAUGUGAAGUCCGCAUUAUCACCCAUUGAUGGGCUCAACGAUGAAGCGAAACAACAAUUUCAGAAGGUUGAUCAGCAUCUCGAUGUUUUGUGCGCAGUAAUAAGACGCGACGGUGAAGAGCUCAAGGACCAAUUGAAAAUUUUGAAGAAUAAUAAGAUUGCGAAGGAGCUGAAACAAAUCAAAGACGAUCUUGACAAUCUAAGAAAAACAAUGUUUUAUAAUGUCCUCAGGGAAACCAGACAUUUCAUUGAAGAAGUGGCCCCAAGAUUGGAAAAGGAGACCAUCCAAUGCCUUCAGGACUUUUUGAAUAACGAAGUGCAAAAAGCCAAAAAUCUUCUCACCACCCGCGCCCGCCGCAACUACGUCACCUCCGUCAAGGCGCUGCUCCAGGCCUUCGCGAACAAGGUCACGCAGGAGCUGGAGGGAUUGCCGGAAAAGAUUGACAGGGACCUGCGCAUAGGCUUCAAGGGGUUUAUGAAGAGUCUUGCUGGUAACGACAAUAAAAACAUAAACUUCCUUAAGGAGAAAAAGGAUGUCACCAACGUCCGUGAUUUUGCCCAUGUGUUUAAAAUAUUUUAUGAGUUAUUGCAUAUGUAUCUCGACAAAGAAAUCAAACGAGUUCACAAAGAAGAAAAUGAGAAGAAUCAGAAGCCUUCAACUGAUGAAACAUUUUACACUACUAAACUUCAGCUUAUUUAUAAUUCACUUCAAGGCUUACUUAAUCACAUCACUGAGAAACAACGUUACGACUACUCUGUUCCUAUCCUGCUUGACGAUCUCACCGAUGCAGUUUCCAAGAUGAAACCAGAAGACUUCGAAAUGUCCAAUACUCCACUACUAGAUGGUAUCGGCAAAGGACUGAAUGAUUUUGUCCGCCAGCUACGAAAAGUGUACAUCAGCAGAUAUGAUAGCCGAAUGGCAAAAGAUCAGUGGGUGAUUCGUGGCCAUAAAGCUACCACAAAAGGCGUCGAAACGCAAGAUAAGUUCACUGAGGAAGGCCGGAACUGUGCGAAAGUAUGUAUAACGAUCUUAUCGACAUUCUUUAAUGAAUUGCAUUACUUGUUUUAUCAUUGUGAUACAUGGUGGAAUAAGUAUUCCGUUGACGGCACGGAAACUAAAGACGAAAAGAGGGACAAGUUAAAAGAGUACUUGACUAGUCAAGGCUACGAUAUGGAAAAUCUCAACAAACUUAAGAAGGGUAGUGAUGUUGCGUUGCUUUUAAAUCAAGGCUUCAAGAGUCAUAACGAAUUUAAAAAUCACGUUGAUGUAAAAACACCCUUCUACGUAUAUAUCGAUACCCUCAGAAAUUCUGCAAAUCCAGAUGGUGUCAUAUCUAAGCUUCACUAUUACCUAAGCACGUAUAAUAAUGUAGGUCACAUUAAACACAUUCCGUCACCUAGAACUCCUUGCAGCAUUUACGAAAUGCUUACAUGGUGCUGCGGCCUGCAGUACAACAGUGUCUACAGCAAUCUAGUAAAAUAUUGUUUGGACUACGAUACUAAAGAUAAUAAGAAAGAUGAUCACCAUUUCCAACGACAGUUGUCAGACGCCGCUCAUUAUGGCAUACGUGCUCUAUGUAAUUAUUCACGUAAAAUACUGUGCACCAUCCUCGGCACAGGGGAUGAACACACCCUGUAUGCCUCUGACUUUGCCAACAAUUACCUUAAUUUGAGUUACCCCUCUUCCGGGGAAGCUUGUUUAGAUACAUUGCUUGACAUAUUACGUAGAAUGUUUCCCGUAUGUAGAUUCUUAUAUAGCCAAUGUAAUAGUCUGUCAUCCGACUUUGGUUGGGCCGGCUGCCAGUAUGGCAAGGAAGUCAAACACACUAACUGGCAGUGCGACAAGCAUAUUGCUGAUAAGGAAUCUGACUGCGUUCCCAGGUCACCGCUUAUGUCGUACUUUACCGACAGUCUUCCCGGUCACUUACCUCACCAGCUAUCCUCCAUCGGUUGUAGAGCUACAUGUUCCACCUGCCCCAAAUCCAAGCCCGGGCAGCCAUGUUUAACGCCACUUGGCUUCAGAGGUUUCUCUGGAAGUACGCGCCUGGGCAAAGACCUAUGUAACGUGCUAACCAAAAUGCUCGAUGACGCUGACCUCAGAUCCUUAUUCUGCCUUAAACCGAAAACACCGGCUUCUCUCCCAGAGCACUUCGGCUUUGUGUUAUCGCUUGUUAAUGAUUGGACUCACGGUACAUCAACCGCAGGCAAACACUUAAUACAGGAUGCAUUUAAAAAAUCAAUCAGUGAUGUAUCCAUUAGCCUAUAUGAGAACGUCGGAACGCUUACAGAUGCGCUUCGUGAUGCCUAUGGCUCCAGUCAGAGUAACCAUGAAUCAAAUAAACAUGAAGAUAAUGAUACUAUUGACGGCAAUGAUGAUGUACUGAAAAAGAGGGACGUGUCUAGUUUGUCUAUGACUAUAGCAUGUUCCGGCCAAAAUGUCCACUGCGCUCCUUAUCUAGCUACACUCUGCCGUGACUCGUGCACUUACUUCGCUAACAAACACUGCAACCUUUACCUCUCCUGGGCUGUCUACUUACCAUGGGAUUUCUGGAAUUGCCUCAACAAUUUAUAUAAUGCCUUCUGUGGCAUCGUUUGUCGAGACUGGGGAUGCAGAGGAUGUGUCCGCGGUGACAAGUGCAAAAAAGGGAAACAUGGUGUCAUCGAUGAAAAGUCACCAUGUAAUUGCCUCUCCAUCGUCCAGUGCAAAGGCGUUUCAGCGACGCUGUACAGUUAUGGAUUUAUGUAUGGAAACGCUGACAAAUUGAAUGCAGAGAGUGUAAAAAGGAAAUGUUCCGAUUUCUGCAGUCAGUUAAAGAAAGUGCUGUCCUCCAAAUAUUUCGGCCUCGAAAAAUUUCUCGGCUACCAUGAUGGUAAUUACACCGGCUCCGGCAUCGUGUACUCGGACCUUGACAGGCUCUGCGACGGGGUGAUGGCGUUCUUGCAAGGGGUUCUGGACACUGUGAAGGAUGAUGAGAGCGUUACAACUUAUGAUAAAGAUAACAAAAUCAAGAAUCUUCCUUCUAAAAUCGGUGAGUUUAUGCAUAAAGGUUCUCAUGAUUUUCAGGAUGCCAUCACACAAGUGUCCGAGGCGCUGCGGGCGUGGAGCGGUGAGCUCGAAGGGCGAACCAAACUUGUAAAAAGCACUUUAGAUACACUUAGCACAAACAUAGAUUCUAAUAUUGAUACUAUUAGUAAUGUUGAUACAUCGCCUCAACAUUUCGAUGCUGAGGUGGAUAAGUGGCCGACUAUGGUGGUUGGUAGCUUACUGCCUGUAUUAUACCAAGCCGAUAAUGCCAGCAAGGGACUUGACAAAGUUUUGCAAAACAAGAUCAAGGGAUAUUAUGAUAUGUUACAAUUGCGUAUCAACAAUCUAGAAGACAUUGCGGAACGAGAUCUGACAGAAAUGAGGGAGCUGGGUGAGAGUGUCGGCGAAAGGCUUAAAGUAGUAAAGCAUAACGUUAGAAGUAAAGUGCGGGAUGAAAUUGCAAAACUCAGAGAUAGGUUUAAAGAAAUAAGCCAAGUGUUUAUACAACGACUUGAAGAUAUCGAUUGCAUGUUAAAGGCGAAUGUCAGAAAGUUAGAAUCAUGGAUCGGUCAGGCUAAGGAGAACCUUUAUUUGGUGCUGCAGAAGGUUGAAGCAAUAUCGGAGAAACUAAAAAAAGAGAGCAGCCCAUCGAUAUAUCACUCGGCAAUGAAUUUAAAGGAUACCGCAAGAGAAUUAUUGAGGGCAUAUGGUAACGCUAAGGAUAGGAUUUCGAAUAUAGUUGAAUCCGCAACGAAAGCCUUAGGUACUUUGGACACUAAUUUGAAAACAAAUAUGAAGACUCUCAAGGAUCAAAUGAAUACCGCAAUCGAUAAAUAUGUCGAUAGCUUAGGUACAGGCCUAUUGAAUGGUAUUAAUAGAGCUGGUAAGGGCCAAGGUACCCCAGGUGUUAGUGGUUUAUAUGCUCAACUUAGGGACGAUAAUGGUGCGCUAUAUAAUGUGCUUCACUCUGCCGGCCUAGGUGGCUAUAAGGGGUUCGGAAAAAUGAUUGAAGAUGCAUUAAAAGCGCUAAACCCUCACCAUGCCACAUUGAGCCACCAUUCUAACACAUUUUCCACCUAUAUUAAAAGAGACCUGAGGAGUAAAGUUGACGACAAGUUCCCCGAAGAGACAGACCUACAAGGUCAAACAGCAACUAAAGUGCAACUGAAAAAUCUUACAAGUUAUGAAAAUGACAAAACAGGAGUAACCGCAGAGAUCGGUAAGAUUCUUAGUGAUGGGUUUGAGAAACACUUCAAAGAUCAAGUGCCGAGCGGUAAGUGGAUCGAUGCCAUGAAAAACCUUGACCCGAGGUUUGAUAAAGUUAAAGAGCAGCUUUCAGAUCUCAGUCGUAUAAUUCAGAAUGGCGACAAUACCGGCAUCAAGGAUCUUCUAAAUAUGUUUGAAAAUGAUAAGAUCGGUAAGCAACUUAAAAGGAUUCUUUCAGUCAUUGACGGUAUACUCCUAAUCAAAUUAACACCUUUGAUUAACGACAUUAAAAACUUCACCGCGAAGACUCUUCAAACAGCGGCUCAGUACACGACAAAGACCAUAAAUGAAUUUGUUAAAACCGAAGUUGUGAAUGCGACAAAUGCUAUUAAGACAGAGGCACUGGAACGGUACAAAACUGUUACGCUAAAGGAAUUAAAAGCUUUGAAAACAGAUGUUGGAAGUCUCGUUGAAUUAAUUCUGAAUACAAUCAGUAUCGAUUCAUCUCGCGGCGUGAAAGGCUUGCUAAACAAAUUAAAUGACUCUUUAUCUGAUCCCGAAAUAAACUUGAAGGAUGAACCGAAAUCAAUGUCCGACUUGGCCAGAGAGUUCAAAAAUUGGCUCUACGGCUUUGAUGAGCAAAUGAGUCUUCAAAAAGAUUUUGCAUCGUCCCACCCUAAAAUAUCUCCUACCAUGCAAGCUGCGCACGACUUGCUUGCUGAUCUGCAAAAAUUCCAGCACUUUGACUAUCACUCUAAUUAUAAUUUAGACGCACUUAAGACACAGCUUAGCCGAUUUGUUCCUGAGAAUUUUUGCGAUGGUGACAAUCCGCUGCUUCUCGACGCCCUCAAGGCCGGCAUGGACAAAUUCACCGAGCAACUCGGACACGCGUACGUUAAUAAAUACUCCGGGAUGAAGUUUAACGGUGAUUUGUUAGAAGACAAAAAAGACGCUGAAACAAAAAAACCCUCCCCAACUGAGAAAGUCCUUUCCACCGAGGGCCGCAACUGCGCCAAGGUCUGCCUGACCAUACUGGAGAGGGUGAGUGAGGACUUGAUGAAAUUAAAAGAGAGAUGCAAAUAUGAAUGGCAUUCGAAAGAAAUCCACCGCAUUAGCGGACUUGGCGCUUUUUUGAAAGAUUGUGGUUAUAUUGUGUCUAAUAGGGAUAAGCAGGACGGUGAGCUGAGGCGUCAUGAAAAUAUGACGGGCAAUCAUAUACUUCAGAAACUUACUGCUACACUUGCGAACAUCGGUGAAAUUAAUAAGCACCUGAAGGAGUGUGAGUCAAACAAAAAGAAUGGCACCGAUACGCAGCCACAAAAUGAUGAUGUCAAAGUCUUUGCCAUCCUUUCGUGUCUCUUCACUCACCUUCAUGAAUACAAUAAAGUCGGACACAUUGCCACUUUCAACGCCAAGAAAUCACCGUGCUCCAUUUACGAGAUGCUCACAUGGUGCUGCGGUCUGGAGUACAACAGUGCUUACUCAAAGAUGCAGCAGCAUUGUCAAAAGCUUUGUGAUGAUGAGAAAGACAGCUAUUUAAAAACUAUACUCUCCAAGCUUCACAAGGACGGAUUGCCGUAUCUAUCUAGCAAUUCACGUAACAUCCUCACCGCAAUCCUCGGCACAGGGGAUGAACACACCCUGUAUGCCUCUGACUUUGCCAACAAUUACCUUAAUUUGAGUUACCCCUCUUCCGGGGAAGCUUGUUUAGAUACAUUGCUUGACAUAUUACGUAGAAUGUUUCCCGUAUGUAGAUUCUUAUAUAGCCAAUGUAAUAGUCUGUCAUCCGACUUUGGUUGGGCCGGCUGCCAGUAUGGCAAGGAAGUCAAACACACUAACUGGCAGUGCGACAAGCAUAUUGCUGAUAAGGAAUCUGACUGCGUUCCCAGGUCACCGCUUAUGUCGUACUUUACCGACAGUCUUCCCGGUCACUUACCUCACCAGCUAUCCUCCAUCGGUUGUAGAGCUACAUGUUCCACCUGCCCCAAAUCCAAGCCCGGGCAGCCAUGUUUAACGCCACUUGGCUUCAGAGGUUUCUCUGGAAGUACGCGCCUGGGCAAAGACCUAUGUAACGUGCUGACCAAAAUGCUCGAUGACGCUGACCUCAGAUCCCUAUUCUGCCUUAAACCGAAAACGCCGGCUUCGCUCCCAGAGCAUUUCGGAUUUGUGUUAUCGCUUGUUAAUGAUUGGACUCACGGUACGUCAACCGCAGGCAAACACUUAAUACAGGAUGCAUUUAAAAAAUCAAUCAGUGAUGUAUCCAUUAGCCUAUAUGAGAACGUCGGAACGCUUACAGAUGCGCUUCGUGAUGCCUAUGGCUCCAGUCAGAGUAACCAUGAAUCAAAUAAACAUGAAGAUAAUGAUACUAUUGACGGCAAUGAUGAUGUACUGAAAAAGAGGGACGUGUCUAGUUUGUCUAUGACUAUAGCAUGUUCCGGCCAAAAUGUCCACUGCGCUCCUUAUCUAGCUACACUCUGCCGUGACUCGUGCACUUACUUCGCUAACAAACACUGCAACCUUUACCUCUCCUGGGCUGUCUACUUACCAUGGGAUUUCUAG